CCGUCUCCGCCUCUGGGAGAGAUUCUGGCAACCAUCAGUGAGACGGAUCUUAUUGAGGCCUUCAGUUUGGAAGAUGUAUCUACCAAGAUUGAGGACUGCGAGACUGUUGCAUCUUUCAACUGGCUGAACAGAGCAGAUCCGACGAUUGUUGUGCCAGGAGAACCACCGGCCUGGUCACCUCUUGAUACCCCCAGAAAGCUCUCAGAAGAUUCCGGUCAAUACUUUCGCGACCAAAAUGCUGCUCGUCUGCCCUCAUACCCCCUCCAGCCCGCCGUGGAAUCGAUUUUGUUGGAAGAGCCGACAUUUCCCACAACGGAGGUGGACAUCGUCGCAUGCGGCAGCACCUUGGGGAACCUCCUGCGUUUUGUGCGCAAGGUGGACAAGCCAUUCCGAAUGCUAGUUGAAGUAGUCGGGUCGACUGUGUUCUUCAUUCGCAGGGAAAAUACCCCCACUGAGCUCAUUCAAGGCGUGUAUGGCUACGGCCAUACAUUUCCGGAGGCGUACACCACCUGGGCUCCAGAAGUGAAAGGGUCUGAAUCCAGCCAACGAAUCAUCCAGUACAGCUUUGGAGGUGCAAAGUGUCUCGUUAGAUUUGAAGCCGACGGCUACCACCCGGAGAUGGUUUCUGGUUCUGAAACGGAAUCCAGUCUGAUUCAGCCAACGAACGAAGAAAAGGAGGAUAUGGAGGCCAGUGAGAACUCUCUGCUGGCAACCCUAAGCGGAGCAAGCAUCGGAAUGCAUCUCCCAAAGAGUUCAACCCUCAUCCUGAGACCUGGUGGAAGGCAUAUCUCCCAGGAAGCCGUGUUCGACCUGAAAACCAGAACGAUCAAGAAGGUCGAUACAGAUGUUGUGGGCGAGGAGCUGCCCCGACUUUGGAUCUCGCAGAUCCCCAACUUCAUCCUCGCCUUCCACAACCGAGGGGUGUUUGAAGAGAUCCGCAAAAUCGAUACCCGGCAGAGAGUCCAGGAGUGGGAAAGGGAGAACAAACCCACGCUUUGCCAAUUUGCAUCGCUGCUCAACAAGAUCAUCCGAUUUGCUCGUGGCUGCGAGGAAGAGAGAUUUGAGCUGCGGCGGACUGAAGGCAGCAACACGCUAGAGUUGAGGCGGCAGUGCGAUGACGCUUGCCGUGCGCUACCUGAGCAUUUGGUCGCGCGUUGGACAACCGAAACU